AUGGACCCUACUUGUACGGGCCCCAAGACAGCGGUUCAUGCGCCCGUUGUCCGACAAUCGGGCAACCCUACUGCCUUCCGUGAUGCAAUACUCGGUCUGCCGCUGCAAAUUACAGCUCUUCUCCGCCCAGUGCCCCAACUUACAGCCCCACUCCGUUCGACGCUACGACACACAACUCCGGCGAUACAGUUGUCCAGACACCGACCGAUGUCGUGUGAACCGCGACUCACGCCACCACCAACCCCCAUCCAGGAUCAACAGCCCACCCGCCAGUCGUACAGCCGUCCUGAUUCGUCAACAAAACUUUCCACUCUUGGGCUGUUUUGUCUCGCGCGGGGCGCUCUCGUUUUCAGUUCCGGUGUUGAUAAGAGUGGCGUAGGACCUAUCAAGCCCUCAUUCGAUGGAGCAUCAAUGAUUUCAGCACAGGAGUUAGCUGUGCUGAAGGAGGGAUCGUGUAGGGAGGCAUUCGCUGAUCUCAAGGCACCACUGAUAGAAGCAACCAUGAAGGGCUGGGAGCAGCUCGACUGGUCCGAUUGUGUUGACGGCGGAGGCUGGGUCAUUUGUACAGAUGACCGGAGCUCGAUAUCGGAGUGCUACAGGUUUGGUUAUCCGUACAGGUUCGAUUUCCCCACCGUCUGGGAAGCAGUCGUGCAUCGCCUGAAGCCCGCCAAAUGCUCCUUCCGCUGCAACGAAGGGAAUACGGAAUAUCGCAUGUUCUUGCAGCGCGGAUGGGUGCUAGUAGAGUCGAUUGGCGAAGACCCCUUCCGGAGCAGCGAAGCACACGUCCACCAAGUAGGGCUGGCAUAUCCCGGAUUAGACGGCUACAGACCGAACCGCUGUGGUCAAAGUUACGGAUACCCCUGUGAGCCGCACAUUUCAGGGGCAGAUUGUUAUUGCCCUGAGGCGACAUUCUGGGCCGAUGUCACUACCCCAUCGGGCAAGUCAAUUCGAUGGGGAAAGAUCAAUCACGUCAAUACCUACGCCGAAGAUCUGCUACGGUAUUAUAGCGUAUUUAAGAGACCAGGGUACAACGUGACACAGUGCGAUUUUCGAUGCAGGAGAUUACAAAGGAAAAGUUAUGACGAUGCUUUACAUGACAUCAAGCUGACGUUUUACAAUGGGACCUUUGCCGGACAGCCGCCCAUAAAUAAAUCACGUUGCCUCGAAUAG